CGGGCGCUUCCUCGGGCCCGGCCGCCGCCGCCGCCGCCCCGCCGCGGCCCCUCCGCCGCCCGCCCCGGGGCUCCCCGCCGCCCCCCCUCCCCUCGCUCCCUUCCCCUGUUCCCCCCCCGUCCCUUCCUCCCUUUCGGCCGCCGGCCCCUCGGCGAAGCCCCGUCCCCUCGCAGCGUCCCCGGCGGGGCCCGGCCAUGGCGGACUUCGACGAGAUCUACGAGGAGGAGGAGGACGAGGAGCGGGCGCUGGAGGAGCAGCUCCUCAAGUACUCGCCCGACCCGGUGGUGGUGCGCGGCUCCGGGCAUGUCACCGUGUUUGGACUAAGCAACAAAUUUGAAGCGGAAUUUCCUUCAUCUUUAACUGGAAAGGUUGCACCCGAAGAAUUUAAAGCCAGCAUCAGUAGAGUUAACAGUUGUCUUAAGAAGAAUCUUCCAGUUAAUGUACGAUGGCUACUUUGUGGAUGCCUUUGCUGCUGCUGCACUUUAGGUUGUAGUAUGUGGCCAGUUAUCUGCCUCAGUAAAAGAACACGAAGAUCGAUUGAGAAGUUAUUAGAAUGGGAAAACAAUAGGUUAUACCACAAGCUGUGCUUGCAUUGGAGACUAAGCAAAAGGAAAUGUGAAACGAAUAACAUGAUGGAAUAUGUCAUCCUUAUAGAGUUUUUACCAAAGACACCGAUUUUUCGACCAGAUUAGCAUAUGAUUUAUUUAUAGAGACUUACUCAAGUAUGUUGUCUUUCCAAUGGUGCCUUGCUUGGUGCUCUCCUGGUGGUGACAUAGCAUUGGUUCUACAGACUCUUGUGGUGUUUCCAUUCUUUUUUGUUUGUUUUUGUUUGUUUGUUUUAAUAACAGCAUGUUCUAAGUGCAUUUGGUCAAACUCUGCAAAGUCAUUUCAUGCAAAUGUUACCUACUACUUAAGUUAUUACUUUUCCUACUUCUGUUUGUUAAUGUAUCCUGAUUUUCAGAGUCUUUUAUGUGUGCGCGCGCGUGUGUACAUAUAUAUAUUACUAUAAAUACACAGCUGAAAAUGUUCUACAAGUGAGCAGGUAUUUUUUUUAACCCAAAAUGACACAACUGAUUGAUUGUACAUCGUGUAAGUCCUUUUAAUUAUUAGUUUGUGCUGAAGUACCUUCUAAGAUCUACCUAAACUUUUGUCAGUGACUAGUCAGUUGUAAAUAUUUUUAUUUCUUUUUGGGUUAUUGGCUAGCCUCUUCCAACGAAAGAAGGAGAUGAAUUUUUUUUUUUUUUUUUUGAAAAUGUGCUUUCUGGAACCCAAAUGCCAUUGCAUUAGUAUAAAUCUCAGUGCUUUUCAUGAAGAAAUCCUGUCAGCUGGUUCUGAAGAAGUUCUAACUUAAAUUUAAGAAAAAAAAAAAAAAGCAAAAUAGAAUUAUUUUACUCAGACUAGAAAAAUCACGGAGAGAAUUGCAUGUGUCUGAUUAGUAGAACUCAAGAUCUCAACGAUAUAUUAGUAUUGCAGUUUAUAAUGUAGCUGUUUUAAUUCAGGCUAAUGCCAUGUAUCAGCUCUAUUCCUACUGUUUACCAGAUACAAUAUAUAGGGGUACAGAAGGACUUGUUUUAGUAAAACUUACUGUCCAAGAGGACCUUUCAGGGUUGUUUCUUUUUUUUAAGCCACAUAAGCAGAAGAAAGUUACUGAAGAAAUCUUGAACAGUCCAGUUCCAGAUCCAAAUGCAGGUGCCAUGUAUCAAAAGUAAUCAAAGCAGAGUACACUGGACAACAGUGUAAAUUUAAAUGUGUUAGGUAAUUAGUUACUGCACCCUUGCUUCUGCUCAUUCUAUGCUUUUGGUUUACAAAGCUUACUUUCUGCACAAGUAUAAAGACUUUUUUUUUUUUAACUGGAUAUAUGAUGUAUGCUUGGGUCAGGCCAGUUGUAUUUUAUUUCUUCUGCUUGUAUCUUAAUUGUACAUAUCUUCACACAUAGCUCUCUUUUAAAUUGCUACUCAAUCAUAUUUUAAAGUUUGCUUUAUGUAUCUAAAAUUACUGUACAUGAACAUUUAUGUAAGCUAUGAAUAUCUUCCUUGUACAGUUGUGGUAGCAAGCAAUAAUGUGAAUAUAUGAAAAACAGAUAUACUCUGCUUAAUAUUUGUAUGAAUGAAAAGUUGAUACCACUACAAGAAUAAUUUUCUCUUUUUAAUCUUUUAAACACAAGUUUUAUUUCAAGGUAAUAUAUUACAGGUACCUUGAUGCUGUGAACUAUUUUUCUAUGUCUUCAAAAUAUUUAUUCUCUGUAAAAUAUUCUCUAGUGAGUAUUAUAUGUUUGAUAGUGGGAGUGGUCUAGAAAGUUUUAAGUUUUCUUAAAUCCAAGCUGUCUGUGUCUGCUCCCAAAAAACAUCCUUUGCUCAGCUUUUGUCUGUGGAUUCCUGCUGUUUACUUUGAAAAUAGCUCAACUAUGCUUUUCAACAAGCCUACAAGUGUGUUUCUUUGACCUGACUGAAUAUGAUUUUUUAAUUAACAAAUAUGUGUCUUGUGCGCUGCCUUGGUCUACUGGGGCCCACAAUGGUUUCUCUCCAAAGUAACUAGUUACAAUUUUUUAAAAAUUUAAUUUCUGCCUGUUCUUUAGUACAAAUCUGGGUCUGCAGCACUGCUUUACACAGUAUUAGUUAUAAUCUUGGACCAAUUUCAGCCUGUGAAGGAGGACAGAAGCCUAAAGUUGGCAUCUGAGGUUCUGGAGGUUGGAGGUGCAGGAGAGAUGUUGGAACUGAACAGAAAUAAUAGCUGGUGACCAGAAAUAUAUAUUGAUCUCUUCAAGUCACAGUUUUCAAUACAAUGAAUAUUGAAUUUACUACACCUAGACUUUAUUAUCAAAAUUCUCAGUUGGCUGUAUAGAUAGGUUUGUUUCAUGGAUGCAGUUUUUUACUGGUAGCUCUUUACUGCUAAAGAGAGAUAGGUUGGGUAUGGCUUAUGAGAUGCUCAUAGCAGCAAUGAGUUCAGCGUUAGCUAAUGACCUUAAUUUACUACCCAGUCUUCUCAUACUACAUUCUGUGACACCAUGACUACCUUGCCAGCAGCACCCAAACCUGCUUAUUUUAAAGUUAAUUUGAGUGUGAUGUGUGCUGAAACCAAUGCAAUGAAUAAAGUGUGGCUUAAAGAUUUACAAAGAGCAUCUUGUUAGCAGAACUUCUACAUAAGCACUAAUGCUAUGUAAGAACUCUUCUACUGUAAGUGUAUCUGUUGUUAUGUACUUAGUUAGCAGGCAUUUCUGUAUUUUCAUUAUGACUUACUCUCUGAGAAUUCUGUUGUAGGGGUCCAAAGUAGGGCUUUGAACAAAUAAAAGCCUAAAUCCCAUAGUAAGGCAGACAGAUAAAUUGCCACUUAAAGCAUUUCUGAUACUUUAUUAAAACAAUGUCUCUGACUUAAAAUAUUACCAGGAGACUUGAGAAAGUGGAUUUAUAUUUAGAUGAAUUUUGCUCAGAAGUGUUAUUCUCCUGCUGAGGUAGUACUAGGUAGUCUAGUAAGAAUGCUGUAAAACAUUUUAACACAAUUCCUUUCAAUUCAGUACUUAUAACAAUAGAAAUUGAUCAUAGCAAAAAUUUAAUAAAACAUCUAUUUAGUGCCUGCAGCAGUCAACAGGAUUUAUUCCUUUGAGGUUGUUUCUAAAAUAUUUAAAUCUUGUUAUUUUGUGUGCCAGUAAGAAGAUACUACUUUUCUUGUCCAACUGGCAAAGGAUGAAGUUGCAACAGUUUGAGCAGGCCAGAAGUUACAGUAGGACUUCUAAGACAUAGACUGAUCUUUGCUAAAGUAAUUAUUGCAUUAGUCUAAUCUGUUUAGCUUCUAGUAAUUUAGCAGUUCCUAUAAAUAAUCUUAUCUAUUUCCAAUUUCCUUGAAUAGUGAGAGAGAGCCACUUGAUAUUAAUCAUUUCACAAAUGAUCAUUGCUAAUUAUUUCACCUUUAGCCUGAAAAACUAAUGGUAGAGGCAUCAGUGACUCCCUGUGAAAGCUAAUAAUUGUUUGUAGAUAUAGUGGCCUCCAACCGGUCAAUAAAGAUCUCUUGCUUUCUGUAAUAUAAUCAAGAUAGAUUGUUCUCUUAGUGAUAGCUAGAAAUAAGUUGUAAAGGAGAAAGGUUUCCCUUCUGACCCUCUAUGAAGAAUUCUGUAGAGCUUAUCCAUUGUUAAAUAGCUAUGACGUGAAGUUUAUACUGGGAUUAGCAAAUUUCACCAGAAAUUAAAAUGCUUGUAAAGAUAGAUUAUGUUUUGUAAUAGCUCGGUAAGUCAUUUUAGUAAACUAUGUAUGUAAAUCCAAAAAUGUCUGUGGCAAAUCCAAAAUUUCCCAUGAUACUCAAAGCCAAGUAGAGUACAUUGUAAAAAAAAAAAAAAAAAAAAAAAAUUUACAGUACUUAGACUUAAAUUAAAAUCUGUAAAUUUGUUUCUUAAACGAUACUUACCUUUUUUGUAAAUCUCAAGACCAUGGUGUUUAAAAGUUAUAUGCUUAAGUCAGUUUUUAUUUUUCUAAAAGUCAUUUUAUCUAGCUCUGAAGGCUGUAGAAGAGAGCUUUAAAAUGCAAUCUGUAAAUGUUCAGAAGCCAGAAGGCGAAGAAAAAGAACUUGUCUUUAUUCCCUCCUCCCAGCCUCCACCCCAAAGUCUUAAUUUUAAAUCAGCCCCCUUGUUUUGGGAGCCCCAGCUUGUUUCUUGAGCAGCUGGCAAUAAUGCAAAUUGUCCACCAAAAAAAAAAAACAAACACAAAAAACAGCAUUUGAAUUCUGAACAAUUUAAAGAGAUCACUUUAGCUGAAGAGGCAAAAGACUUAAGCAAAGAAAAUCCCUUGUUCUUUUAAGUUCUCUAAGCACUGCUGUUGAGUAAUUAAAAGAAAGAUCAUGAUGACCCCACAUUAGGUCAAAAUCCAGAUGAUUUUAUGUAAAGGAAAUGCUCAGUUAGAGAGGUCUCAGAGCCCCAAAUGUCUUGGAUUCACAGUAGUGACUUAUUAAAGAAGGGUAAGAGGCACUGGGUAGUGUUGUAUCUGUGACUAAAAUAAUUUGUGUUGCUCUUCAGCUACUUUGCUUACAAAAAGAAAGCAUUUUAGGAAUAAGAUCUGCAUUCAUCACCACUAAUUUGCUGUAAUUUCUGUGCUGCUUCUCCCUAAAGCCACAUUGCAUUUCCAUCACAAACAGCCAGGUGUAAUGAUGGUUAUAAUGCCUUUAAUAGCCAUAUGGUAGGUAGAAAUAUUAACUUCUCAGGGACUAAUAGGAAAUAUGAAAAUGGAGUUAAUGAGCUGAAUGCCUAUCUGCAUGAAGGCGUACUUUGCAAACGGCACCCUAGGAAACUUCUGAUUGUAAUAUGCAUGACCAUUAUGAAUGUUACCAAUAUACAGCUAUGAGAGCUCUCUUUACCUUGUAUUAUUAGGCUGCUGAAUGUCUAGCUAUGUUGGAUAAAGAUAAAUGAUGUUUUUUUUUCCCCCCCAAUUUGGAUAGAGUGAUUAUUUCUAAUGGUGCUACCUUCUUCGUUCCUGUGUUUGUUCUUUGUAUAAAGUUCUCUCUGCUGGUUGGAUGAAUUGGGAUACUGGUAAUAAGAAAACUGUAUCAUUCUUAGGGAAGUAGAAAAGUUUCAAGGGGAGAAGUACUCAAGAAGCAAACCCUUUCACUGCAGAAAACGUCCUGCAUUUAUUCUUCAUUAGUUACAGACAUCCAUUCCGGUUAUUUUGUUGGUAACACUGUUCUGCAGUUCAUUAUUUUUUUUAAACUGAAUCUUAUUGCAAACUGAUGUUUCGGUCAGCAGGAUUAAAUUAGAAAAUAUUUUUGCAAAUUUAAAAAAGGAAGUCCUUGCAUGAAACUGUUUCUUUACACUGCGCUGGUGUGUGUAUCUCUGCCACAUGACAUUUAGAUAAUACAUCUAUUAACUAAAUGUUAUUGUUUUUAUGGUAGAUACCUUUUAAAAAUCUUCUGGUUCAUUUAGCUCAUUAAUAUUUCAUUAAGACUUAUUUUCCUGACAAAGAUUCAUAAAGGCUUGACUCUUGAGAAUACAACAGCCUGUUAGGAAAGAUUUAGUGGGAUGAAAUGUAGAAAUUAGGAGAAGUAACACCCAAAAGACUGAACUCAAGUGUUAGGUUUGAAAUUCUCUGAGUGUGAUGGAAAAUGGUUUUGAAACAUAUGAAAUGGUAUUGAAUAAUGGAAGUUAAGUAAAGGGUAGCGAUCCAUUUUAGUAAUUAUCUAAACUGUCUUCAUUUCUAUUGCAUUUUUAUUAUAACAAGUGUGUUGUUAAUUUCUUUUGGUUAUGCCCUAAUUGAUAGACUUCUGCUAUUACGCAUAUAUGGAGGUAAGCAUCCUUAACUCAGCAUCUUUUAGUUUAAAAUAUCCAGACCAAAAAGGAAUUGCUGAUGAGAGCUGUGCAGUGAGUACAGACAAGUCUUUUCCUAGGCUGGAGCCUGUAAUGCAUGGCUAAUUGUUUCCAAAGAAAAUUCUUGACUUCCCCAGACAGCUCCUGUCAUAUGAGAAUAUAUCUGAGGGCCGGGAGUAGGAUCCAGUUAGGAUAAUUUAAGUUCAGGUAAGUAAAAUAGACUUUUGUAGUUAGUUUUAACUUUCAUGGAGAAGGAAACCAUUGACAAAUGCUCACUUUUGGAGGGCAGAUAGUAGAUCUUAUAAUGUUUAUUGAAGCACACUUUUUUUUCCUCAUUUAUAACUUUAUCAUUAAAAGUUAUUUUGGCUUAUGUUGAAAAUUAGACUUCAUAAUUAGCUGAAGAUAUCUUUUUUCCCUUACAAUGUUUUAGGUUUGUGAAUCCAAAUUUUUAAAAAUCAUGUUUAGAAAUUUAAAAAAAAAAAAGAUAUUCUGAUGCAAUAUAAGUGAUAUUUUUAGUGGCUGUGUGUUUAAACUGAUUCAUUUUAUCAACAUAUGCAUCUUGCUCUUCAACUCUGAAUGUUUUUCUCUGUUCUGUGCUUGCAGCAGGCUUUCUAACUUGUUAGGAUAUGCAGUGUACGUAUUUGUCAGUAUUGCCAAUGAGCAGUUGGGUUCAGUGAGGUAACAAGGAAUACAGAGUAGUUAGAGAUUUGAAAAGUGUAACUUGAUUCUUGCUUCAGUAGAAAACUGAAUAUGGCAGUGAGAAUAUGAAACUAAUUCCAAACAUAAAAAGGAACCAUAAACGACAAAAACAGUGCCUAAAUGUUGUGUACUAAACCAACCCUAUGUAAUUCACCUUGCUUUCAAAGUUUGCAGAGAACUGCGUAGGACUGUAUGUGCUUAGGAAAAACGUGUUAAACAUACAAAGCAGUAACAGAAAAUAAGUCACUUAAGGGACGUUAUCUUUCAAGAUGGCAAACUAAAAAAACAAUGUUUUGUAUCUAUGCUAAAAAUCCAUUUCAAGCAGAAAAUGCAUAAGCAAUAAUUUAACAUGGAACUGGAUAU